AUUCAAUGAAUGGAUGAGUAUUUCCAUAAUCCUGAGAGUGCUCCAUUGAGGAGUGUCUUUCUUGAAAAACCAUCUGAAUUCUUAAUAACAGGAUACAGGGAGUAUAAAUAGGUGAGAACUGACGGUAUCUUGGGCAGAAGAUCCUCACACGUCAAGUGGAGCACAUCUCCUUACUCCGUCACACACCAGUUUUGGCAAAAUUCGCAAUGUCAAAAGUAAUCAUAGUUCUCACUACAUUAGUUGCCUUGAGUUACGGUUGUCUAAUUACAAAUUGUCCAAGAGGUGGAAAACGAGGGGAUCCAACAUUUUUACUCGAAAACAUAGCCAGAGAAUGUCCAGCAUGUGGUAGGGAAGAGCAAGGUCGAUGCUUUGGGCCUCACAUCUGUUGCAGUCCAAGUAUGGGCUGUCUAAUUGGGACCCCAGAAACUCUUCGCUGCAGAAAAGAAAGCCUCUAUUCACGACCGUGUGUAGCUGGGUUUGCCAUGUGCCAAGGAAAUAGUGGCAGAUGUGCUGCAAAUGGAAUCUGCUGCUCUCAAGAAUCUUGCUUUAUUGACUCGGCAUGCAAACUGGUUGACGAAACAGGCAAUGACAGAAAAAUUGGGGCAGAGUUUGGUGCAUUUCUUUUGGAAAAUGCAGGAACGAAUGAGCACAUUCUCUGAUGAUCCAAAAUAAUCACAAUGAGACUAACCAUAUCAAAAAUAGUGGUGCUUUGAUAUAUAAAUGAACCUGAGAAAUAUUACAAAUAAACAAUAAUAAUCUUAAACUAGAAAGAAACAAAAAUAGCAAUUGUCCAACAAAUAAUAAUCAAUAAAAAUUUGGUUAAACUUA